GCUACUUGAAUUUUUAAUCAGGGAGAUUAGGACAGUGGCACUUGCACCUACGUAUCUGAAAAUUAGUCAGUUCAAUACAGUUGUCCGUCUUGAGGAACAGUGACUAAACGCAGCACUAACAAGAUGGAGAUGAGGAUAGUCAUCCUCGCAGUAUGCGUGGCUUUUGCCUCCGCAAAGACUAAUGUCAAGAGAUCACCAAAUCCAUUCCCAUGUGGAAUGUCAUGUGCUCCUUCUUGCGCACCAGCCUGUGCACCAUCAUGCUGUGCACCACCGCCACCACCUCCUCCACCACCUCCACCACCACCACCACCCCCACCACCAAUUAUGUGCUGUGCACCUCCACCACCACCACCUCCUCCACCUCCACCACCACCUCCACCACCACCACCACCCCCACCACCAAUGCCAGGUCCACCAGGACCACCAGGACCAGCUGGACACCCAGGAGGCCCAGGAGGACCAGGACCAAUGGGACCACCAGGAGGCCCAGGAGGCCCAGGACCAAUGGGACCAAUGGGACCAGCAGGACCACCUGGUCCACCUGGUGCCCCAGCUCCACCACCACCACCAUGCCCACCAAUCUGCGUUCACCAUUGUAUGAAGGUAUGCCCAAUGCCAUGUUGUGCACCACCUCCACCACCACCACCACCUCCUCCACCACCACCUCCACCACCACCACCACCCCCACCACCACCACCUCCUCCACCACCACCACCAAUGUGCUGCCCACCACCUCCCGCACCACCACCACCAAUGUGCUCAGUCUGCGGUCUGAUUUUAAGCGAUCAGUAUUACUCUCGCAUCGCGGAGAGGAAACCGGGCACACGAGCCAAAAAUAUGAGGUUUCUUCUCAGCAUACUCGCUGCCUGCUUGGCACUAGCCAGCGCAAGACACCUAACGAAUCGAAACCAUUUACAUCAUUUGGUAAAAAGACAUCCUAGACCACAAUGUGAUGCACCAUGCGCUGCUCCAGUAUCCUGCGCACCAUCAUGUCUACCAGUUUGCUGCUUAGCUGCACCACCUCCACCACCUCCUCCCCCACCACCUCCACCACCCCCUCCACCUCCACCUCCACCUCCUCCACCACCACCACCACCUGCUUUACCAGGACCACCUGGGCCUCCGGGUAGACCUGGACCACUUGGAUUGCCUGGUGGAUCUGGCCCAAUGGGACCUGGUGGACCAGCAGGACCAUCAGGAGGGCAAGGUCCAUCAGGACCCCCAGGACCUCCUGGAAUAGCACUUCCUGGCCCAGGUGGACCACCAGGAGGACCUGGACCUGGUGGACCACCUGGACCUGGAGGACCUCCUGGACCUCCUGGUGGGCCUGGACAACCAGGGCCACCCGGACCUCCAUCACCACCUCAAGCUGGACCAUCUGGACCUCCAGGUGGACCUGGACCUUUAGGACCUCCUGGACCUGGUGGACCUCCUGGACCUCCUGGUGGACCAGGACAGCCUGGACCUCCUGGACCUCCAGCACCACCUGCACCACCCGGCCCAUCAGGACCUCCUGGUGGACCUGGACCCUUAGGACCUCCUGGACCUGGUGGACCUCCUGGACCUCCUGGUGGGCCUGGACAGCCUGGACCUCCUGGACCUCCAGCACCACCUGCACCACCUGGCCCACUUGGGCCUCCUGGUGGACCUGGACCUUUAGGACCCCCUGGACCUGGUGGCCCACCUGGACCUCCUGGUGGACCAGGACCUUUUGGACCUCCUGGACCUCCUUCACCUCCUCCACCUGGCCCACCAGGACCUCCUGGUGGACCUGGACCCUUAGGACCUCCUGGAGCUGGAGGACCUCCUGGACCUCCUGGUGGCCCCGGACAACCUGGUCCUCCUGGAGCUCCUGCUCCACCUGCCCCACCUGGUCCACAAGGACCUCCUGGUGGACCUGGACCCUUAGGACCUCCUGGACCUGGUGGACCCCCUGGACCUCCUGGUGGCCCUGGACAACCUGGACCCCCUGGACCUCCUGCUCCACCUGCACCACCUGGCCCUCUAGGACCACCUGGUGGACCUGGACCCUUAGGACCUCCUGGACCUGGUGGACCUCCAGGACCCCCUGGUGGACCUGGACAACCUGGACCCCCUGGACCACCUGCACCACCAAUACCAGGUCCUCUUGGACCUCCUGGCGGACCUGGACCUUUAGGACCUCCUGGACCUGGUGGGCCCCCAGGACCUCCUGGCGGACCAGGACCUGCUGGACCUCCUGGAGCUCCUGCCCCACCUGCACCUCCUGGUCCUUUAGGACCUCCUGGCGGACCUGGACCCUUAGGACCUCCUGGACCUGGUGGACCUCCUGGACCUCCUGGUGGACCUGGACCAGGUGGACCACCUGGACCACCUGCACCACCACCACCUGGCCCACAAGGACCUCCUGGUGGACCUGGACCUGGUGGACCUCCUGGACCUGGUGGACCUCCCGGACCUCCUGGUGGACCAGGACAACCUGGACCUCCCGGACCUCCAGCACCUCCAGCACCACCUGGCCCACUUGGACCUCCUGGCGGACCUGGACCUUUAGGACCCCCUGGACCUGGUGGGCCUCCUGGACCUCCUGGCGGACCUGGACCUGCUGGACCACCUGGACCUCCAGCACCACCUGCACCACCUGGCCCACUUGGACCUCCUGGCGGACCUGGACCUUUAGGACCUCCUGGACCUGGUGGACCUCCUGGACCUCCUGGUGGACCUGGACCAGGUGGACCACCUGGGCCACCUGCACCACCACCACCUGGCCCACAAGGACCUCCUGGUGGACCUGGACCUGGUGGACCUCCUGGACCUGGUGGACCUCCCGGACCUCCUGGUGGACCAGGACAACCUGGACCUCCCGGACCUCCAGCACCUCCAGCACCACCUGGCCCACUUGGACCUCCUGGCGGACCUGGACCUUUAGGACCCCCUGGACCUGGUGGGCCUCCUGGACCUCCUGGCGGACCUGGACCUGCUGGACCACCUGGACCUCCAGCACCACCUGCACCACCUGGCCCACUUGGACCUCCUGGUGGACCUGGACCUUUAGGACCCCCUGGACCUGGUGGACCUCCGGGACCCCCUGGUGGACCUGGACCAGCUGGACCACCAGGACCUCCUGCUCCUCCUGCACCACAAGGACCACAAGGACCUCCUGGUGGACAAGGACCAUUAGGACCGCCUGGACCACCUGGACCUCCUGGACCACCUGGACCUCCAGGAGCUGGUGGACCACCUGGCCAACCAGCACCACCUCCACCACCAUGCCCACCAAUCUGUCCAAAUCGAUGUAUCGCUUCAUGUCCAAUCUACUGCUGUCCAGCCAAGAGAAGAAGAAAGUGUGUAUAUGCAGCUACUGUAAAAAUGUGGCUAAAGAUCUCAAUCGUUGUCUUGGCAGUCGCCUCAGUGGCAUACGCCCGAAGCAUCGAAAAUGGAAUGAAAAGACAAGGAGUCUGUCCAGCACAAUGCGCAAUUAACUGCGCUCCAGUCGUCUGUGCUCCAGUUUGUUGUGCCCCACCACCACCACCACCACCACCAGGCCCACCAGGACCACCAGGACCAAACGGACCCCCAGGACCACCAGGACCUAACGGACCACCAGGACCAGGAGGACCUCCAGGAGGACCAGGACCCGCUGGACCACCCGGACCAGCAGGAGCCCCAGCUGGACCACCAGGACCUGCUGGAAACCCAGGACCACUUGGACCCCCAGGAGGACCAGGACCACAAGGACCACCCGGACCUCCAGGACCACCAGGACCACCUGGACGACCAGGACCCCCAGCUCCACCACCACCACCACCACCAUGCCCACUUAUCUGCCAGACCGUAUGCACACCUGCCUGUCCUCCAGCAUGCCCAUGCAGAAAGAGAAAUCGAAAUUUUUGCUCUGGUUUUUCCGAUUACAAAAUUGAAAAUACAAGUAGGGCUAGAAAGAGUACAGGAAAAAUGCAAGCAAUGCAGUUUGCCCCGGCAAACGUACACGUUUGGAAGCGUCUUUUGGUCAAAAUGUUGCUGCAGAUCUCUGCUGCCCUGGUCACCAUCUCCAUGGUAUCGGCAUAUAACAUACCAAGCUCUUUAAAGAAAAGACAAGGAAUCUGCCCUGCAUCGUGUUUUGUAAAUUGUGCACCAGUCGUCUGCCCUCCUGUUUGUUGUGCUCCACCCCCACCACCGCCACCAGGUCCACCGGGACCACCUGGAAUUAAUGGACCUCCAGGACCACCCGGCUUUAACGGACCACCAGGACCCCCAGGACCACCCGGAGGACCAGGGCUUCCCGGACCCCCUGGUCCACCAGGAGCAGCUGCAGGACCGCCAGGAACACCAGGCGGACCAGGUCCCAACGGACCACCCGGACUUCCAGGACCACCAGGACCACCAGGGCCUCCAGGCCCACUCGGCCCCCCAGGACCACAAGGCCCUCCUGCACCACCACCAUGUCCCGUCAUCUGUCAAACUUUCUGCGCGCCAGUAUGUCCACCAGCUUGUCCAUGCCCACGAAGAAGAAAGUGUGCUAACGCAAAAAAGGACGUUUCUAAAAAUGAUCUACAGGAGCGAAGCAUUCCAACUACUGUUAAAUAUGUCAAACAAAUGAAGCUCCAAAUCUUCGUAGCAGUCUGCAUUGUUGCAGUUGUAAGCGGCAGAACCAUCCAGAGAGCUGGAUCAAAGAGACAGUUAUGUCCUAAUGCAUGCCCAGCCACUUGUGCACCAGCAUGCAUGCCAAUCUGUUGUGCUCCACCACCCCCACCACCACCACCACCACCACCAGGCCCACCAGGACCACCAGGACCAAACGGACCCCCAGGACCAUCAGGACCUAAUGGACCACCAGGACCAGGAGGACCUCCAGGAGGACAAGGACCCGCUGGACCACCCGGACCCCCAGGAGCCCCAGCUGGACCACCAGGACCUGCUGGAAACCCAGGACCACUUGGACCCCCCGGAGGACCAGGACCACAAGGACCACCCGGACCUCCAGGACCACCAGGACCACCUGGACGACCAGGACCCCCAGCUCCACCACCACCACCACCACCAUGCCCACCUGUCUGUGUCACAACUUGUGUACCAGCCUGCCCACCAGCUUGCUCAUUCAUUGCCAUCUUUCUACUGAGGACAGUCAAGGGUUGCACAACCAGGCCCCGCGAUUUUAUAAAUUUCAAAAUGAUGAGAAUAGCUGUUUUCGUCGCCGUUCUUGGCGUUGCCCUCGCUGGCCUCCCAAGACAUAAGGAUAAGAGAUCACCACAAGCUUGUGGAGCUGCCUGUCCAGCCACUUGUGCACCAGCAUGCAUGCCAAUCUGUUGUGCUCCACCACCCCCACCACCACCACCACCACCACCAGGCCCACCAGGACCACCAGGACCAAACGGACCCCCAGGACCAUCAGGACCUAAUGGACCACCAGGACCAGGAGGACCUCCAGGAGGACCAGGACCCGCUGGACCACCCGGACCCCCAGGAGCCCCAGCUGGACCAGCAGGACCUGCUGGAAACCCAGGACCACUUGGACCCCCAGGAGGACCAGGACCACAAGGACCACCCGGACCUCCAGGACCACCAGGACCACCUGGACGACCAGGACCCCCAGCUCCACCACCACCACCACCACCAUGCCCAGCGGUCUGUGUCGCACAGUGUGUGCCAUCAUGCCCACCACCAUGCUGUCCUCAGAAGCACUAAGUUCGUUCCUAUUUGGAACUCCCUUUUAGAAGGAACAUUUAAUCGAUUUUCUUGAAAAUAUUGUUAAGGAAUGUGGUAAAACGAAUGGAAAUAGUUUUGCUAACUAUCCAGGAUACAUACAUCAAUGCAAAUUAAAGUUGGAGGAAUUACUGAAUUUUAUAUAAAUUUCUACACGUGUUUAAA